UAAUGAGCAGCAUCAUCUGAGUUGAUGUCACAGCAUCAUCCAGCAGGUCACAGUACCAACCGUUCUCCGCCCAGAGCCUCAGACGCAGCGUGCGCAGUCCAAGAGAAGGUAUGGUUAACCCCACGCCAUGAGUUUAUUGGUGACACCCUCCAGAGCCCAAGACAGAGAUAUCAUGGAGUCUCACACCUCUAGCAUAGGUGAAAUGGAGCCCCCUAUUGGUCAAGACUGCGUUCCGCGCUAUGACAGACCUCCUCCCGUCCACACUGGAGCUGACUGGAAGAUUAUUUUGCACCUUCCAGAAAUCGAUACCUGGAUCCGGAGCACAUCUGAGAGAGUGAGAGGCCUCACACAGUCCGUGCAAGAGGAUCCCCAGAGCAAACAUGUUGAUGUGCACUUAAUGCAGCUCAAGGAGAUCUGUGAGGAUAUCUCGGAUCACGUGGAACAAAUCCAUGCUUUGCUGGACACAGAAUUCUCCCUGAAGCUACUAUCUUAUUCUGUCAAUGUGAUUGUGGACAUCCAUACAGUGCAGCUCCUGUGGCAUCAGCUCCGGGUGUCUGUGCUGGUCCUAAGAGAAAGGAUACUACAAGGGCUGCAGGACAGCAACGGCAACUACACACGACAGACUGACAUCCUGCAAGCGUUCACCAAGGAGGACCAAGAGGAUAGGCUUGAUGCCCUGACGGAAGUGGACGGCUCAGGUCAGCUGACCAUUCGAUGCCCCCCGGAUUACCUCUCACUGGACUGUGGGAUCACUGCCUACGAACUAUCAGACUACAGUCCCAGGGAGGAGGACACCCCACCUCCCCCUGCUAAACCCCUGGAAGACUGGACAUACAGUGCUAUGCAGCAAGAGUUUCCAGAAUUAGUUAAAGGUCCCGGUCUGCUAAGCAUUGUUUCGGACAAGGAAGCCUCACUGAAUUCUGCAAUGGAGAAAGAGUCAGCACACCACCACCUGGAGGAGACAGGGCAACAGACUCUCAAGUCUUUCCUUUCCAGUGAAAGCACCACACCAAAAAGACCUUUACAGGAGGGCAGUGAUCACGGGGGAGAUUCUCCAACUCGGCCUUCUCUUCCAAAACGGGGACUGUUUCUGAAUGAUAUGACAGAUUGGGCGAAGUCAGACAGUCUAACUUCUGUUGAUAUGAACUUGUCACCGCCAGUUUGCUCUACAUCCCCCAACAAACACUUCAGUCUUAGCGUGGCAGCCACAUAUCCUGCUAAUAUUCCAUCAUCUCCUGAAAGCCAAGUACCUGACGAGGAUGACACAGCACAGAAUAUAGAGGAGCCGGCCAAUCAAGUGCAUCAGUGCCUUGAUGGUAAAGCAUCCCCUAUUAAUUCUACUAACUCCCACUGCAGUACACCCAAUGAAGGUCAGCGAGACCAGCAGAAUAAUAGAGUGUUGGACUCACCACCCCAGGAAUCAGGAGAUGACCGCUGGUAUGGGUCUGAUGAAUUCCUGGCUUUACCUUCACACUUGCACCAAACAGACCUUCUUGCCUUGCGCCUUGGUAGCCUUUCACAGUUGGUAUCUCCUACACCUGGAGAGCCCCAACCAUCAUUCCGAGAUGUGGAGGAUUGGGAGAUCAGUUCAGGAUCAGAGGUUGGCCCUAGUUCACCGCGAUGUCUCUCUCCUAGUUCCCCAAGUGACAUUGCCUCGUAUACCGAUGGCAGUGAACGAUCAACUCCGCACCUUAGUGGGUCAGCAUGCACCGGAAGACAGAACAAAGCAGCACUUAUACAGAGAUUGAUGUGGGACAUCCAGAGACAGGACAAUGAUCGACAUGUGUGGGACAGAAUCCAGGGCUUUGUGUCGAAGCUUGACAGAUUCAUCCGCUGGUUACAAGAUGCAAUGGAAGCUACAGAGAACUGGACCCCUCCUCAGCCUGAAACAGAGGCCCUCCAGCUUUACCUCCAUACACACCUGAACUUCAAGCAGAGUGUGGACAGUCACUGUGCACUAAAAGAUGCGGUUCUGGAAGAAGGUCAAAGACUGAUGGAGGUGCUGGUAUCUCACAGAGCAGGUUUCCAGGAGAUGGUGCAGAUGAUUACUGCUCAAUGGAAGGAGCUACAGAAGCAGAUACGGAGGCAGCACGGCUGGAUCCUAAGUGCUCUUGAUACUAUCAAGGCAGACAUACUGCAGACAGAUGAGAUGCCAGAGAUUAUGAGUGAACCACAGGUAAAUGGUGACUCUUCCAGUUCUAUACAAGCUCAGAGAGAAGCUUUAACCAAGAUGUCAUUGCAGCUGAGCAGCUCUGAGUAUUCCGAGAUUACUCAUCACACUGACCCGGUUCCUUUGAAAAGUAGCAUGAGAUGUGACAGUGUCCAGGAAGUGGAAUCAGAAUGUAUGGAGUUCUGGGACUGGCUGCUGGACAUGGAAGCCACAGUGCAGAACAGCCUUGGGUUGCUGGUGUCUGAGGAGCAGCAUCUACAGAUGUGCAAGAGGUGCAAUGUGGAGAUGUCACUGAGGGAAGACAGGAUGCACGCUUUACUUCGUCAACUAGCGACCUUGAGGAAGGAAGGUGAUGUGCUACCCAUUAACAUCCAAGACAAGGAAGAGAUGAUUCAGGAGAAGUGGGACAUGCUCAAGAGGUCUCUUUCUGAAGCUCUAUCAUACUCUUCACCUCGUCCUGUGCUCUCUCCUGGGAGUGGAAGUCUAGUGCAGCAACUUGAUCAGCGAGUAAAAGAACUAAAGUCUUGGUUGAGAGAUACUGAACUAGCCUUGUAUAACUCUAGUCUGAGGCUGGACAAAGAAGGCAAUGGAAGUAGUAAUGAACAUCUGCAAAGAGAGCUUGAACAAUUCCAGAGUCUCUGCUCUGAGCUCAGGCUUCGUAGGCGUGGAGUGACAUCGGUCCUGCGUUUGUGUCACCACCUUCUAAAUGUCCAAGACCAGUCUCCACAGCAUGAUCCUCCCAACCUGCAGCUCCUAAGUGUCAAUCUGGAGAGAAGAUGGGAGGCCAUAGUGAUGCAGAGUACACAGUGGCAAAAGCGUCUGCAAAGAGAACUGGGUGAAGAGCAGGAGAUGGAUCAACUGGUAGACCCAGACUGGGCUGAUUUGAACAAUGCAGGAGGGGAGGAAGCAUUAGAAUGGGAUGAGACUGACAUUACUACAGAGCCUGUUUGUGGCACCAAUGAGAAUAAGCAGUUAAUUGCAGACAUGUUUGUUUCAAAUGGAAGAUGCUGCUCAGGGCCAGCUGUUUCGGAUGACACUCACCAGCACAGUCCUUGCCAGACUCCUGUAUAUCAAGUUUACAGUUUGCACAACAUAGAACGCUUUCAAACAAACAUAGAUUUGUCACCAAAAGAAACCAAGAAAUUGGAUUCUCUAGGACCCCUUCCAUUUUCUCUUCUUCGAGGCUGCAGCUUUUUAUCUCUUCCAGAUUUAGCUAAUGGAUCCCCACAAGCUCAUCACCUUACAAAAAUGCAAAUGGAUUCGAGUGGGCACUCUGAAUGUGAGAGUGGCAUUGCAAGUGGAGAAGGUGUAACUGCUGCCAAUUCAGAAGGUUGUCUAUCUGUGGAUGGAGAAGGGCCACAAGGGUGCCAGGAUCAAAACGAUGAUGUAUGUCAGAUUGGCAGUAAAGGUUUUGGACUUGUACAAGUUUCUAGGUCUAAACCCCAAAGUCCACUCAUGUUUCAAAACACUUUACAAAUACAGUCUAACCGACCCAAAACCAUGACUCUGGAAAGAACACAGAGGAUGGUACCAAAUUUAUGUUUCCAAAGAACCCCAGGUCAGAUUAGUGUUAACAGGACUAUGCUUCAAGCUAGCUCUGCAGACCAUAGCCCUGAGGACAAGGUGGACUUUCAGGACCUGAUUGAAGUCUUAAGUCCAGAAAACUCACUGUCUAGCUCUUCAUCCCUAGAAUCACUUUCAGUCCCUGGUGAGGCUCCAGAGUCCUCAAUACUCAAACGUAGUGUGUCUCUGGAGAGCUGGCCAGCUUCAUAUAAGAGUAAUGAAGAUCUCUUCAGUCAGCAAGGUUCAGCUGAUAUUACCCCAGGGAGUGAUCCAGGGGAAGAGUUAAGUAAACGUACUUUAGACUUGCUGAAGAGGCUGGAGGAUAUUGAGUGUCCAUCUGAACAGAAAAUGAAGCGCAGUUUCUCUGAUGACAUUACCCUUAGAUGUAGUUCUCGAAAGCCAUCUUUAUCUGGUCUCCAUCUACCACAAGACAAGGAGUCAUCAGGGAAUGAAGAUAUUGGUUCUGAGUUGACUGAACUGAGUAGCAGUGAUGAGCUAUCACUCAGAUCUGAAGAUAUGGUUGUACUAAAAGGCCGGUUAGGGUUACUGAACUCUAAUGCCAGUUUCCGCAAGCAUCUUAGUCGUUCAUUAGGAGGAGAAGGGGAAGCCAACUUAAGCAUGAUUGUUAAUGUAUCAUGUACUUCAGCCUGCACUGAUGAAGAAGAUGAUAGUGACUUGUUAUCAAGUUCCACCCUCACAUUAACCGAAGAAGAAGAGGAAGAAGAAGAGGAAAUUGAGGAACCAAAUUCCAGUAUGGGAAGUGCGGACGAGGCUGGAGAGGGUUCAGAACUACCUUUGGGUUCAGAUUUUAUCAGAAGAGAGUUGCAGGCAUGGAUUAAACCUACAUUUAUGCUUCCCAGAGAAAGAAGAAAAAUGAAUAGGGUGCUACAGGAUAUGGCUGGUACUUCAAAGUCCGAAAAAAAAUUGCACAAUUAUGUACAUAAACAUAAGGAGAAUAAUGGAAAUGAUAAAGAUUUAGCCACGGGUCCAUCAACAUUAAGGGAGGAAAAAAGUCUAAAUAAUUCAGGUUUUCUGGUAGAUGAUGUUGAAAAUGGAAAUGUUGGAAAUGUUGAAAAUGUUGACAGUAGAGUAGACACUGUAAAGGACAAUGUGUUUAAGAGAAAUCUUCCUGAAAGGAAGAUAAAAACAGGGCCAUACCCAUCAAUAUCAAUAACAAAAACAGAAAAACUACAUCCUCCCUGCAUGCCUGCCUUGGCAUAUCAUAAGCCCCGUGAGCUUGGACCAUCCUCAAAUGGUAAGAGCAACUUGCGUGUUACAUGUGAUGCAGUGGCAGAUGUGGAAAUGAUAGACAAUAGUUUAUUGGUGCCAGAAAAAAAACAAGCAUCUUCCAGUACAGUUUUAGAAUUAGCAAAAGAAUCUUCAUGUUCUUGUCAUAGUUCAGCACAUGAAACAUCUAGUAGUCCAGAUUGCACUGUACAGGAAUUUGUAAAGGAAAUUUUGGAUAUGACGUCUAAUGCACUUCAUAGAUCAUCACCACAGGACGGAACUGGAGCUCAAAUUCGAGAGAAGGUGCUAGAGUAUUCUCGUAGACAGCUGGAAAGAGGGGACUUCUACUCUUACUUAUCUCUUUCCUCUCAUGACAGUGAUUGUGGGGAGCUGAAUGGAUUUGCCACUACCACACAGGUGCCAACAGAAGGUUACACAGAGCAAGAAAUCGAGGACAUGUUUGAAGCUUGCACAGAUGAAAAGAAAGAAGUUUCAGUCAAAGAGCAGGUGUCUCAAGAUGUAAGUUGGCCAUCCAAGUUGUCUGUUAGACAGCCUACAGUUACAACGCCAUCAGUUAAAUGCCUUCCUAAUUCUACUGGCAUCAAGAAUCCUCAGAAUAAAGUUCCAACCUCAGGGCCACAAGCAGCCUUUAGAUUAUCUUCCCAGAAAAUUCAGGAUUAUUCGACAGCCACUGCAAAGGGGGAAGGCAAAACCUCCAGCAAAAAGCUGCCCUUCACAAGAGAAACACGCCCUGAACCAAAAGGAAAAAGUUCUGCAAAGCCGACAGUCUCCAGCCUUCCUGUCCUGCACAAAAGGGUCCGAGACCCAAGGCCCUUAGAAGCAGGCAGUUCUAACCUGGUCACAGGGCAAAAGAGACCAUUAAACGGCUCCAAGACCCACAAGGACCUGUGAUUCUCCACCUCUUAACAAGGGUGCCUCCGCUGCUGGGGUGAUGGUGACUUGUGCUAUGCACUGAUCUUCUCUGUCUAUGCUUCCUCUCACACAGCUUAUUGGGUUUGCAUCAAUUGGCUUUCUGUGAGAAAACUGAAGACCUUCUGACUUCUUCGGUGUAGAACAGGGUAGAGAUAAUAUGGUGCCCUAAAGCGAUGUGUAUCACCCUCAAAGACCAACUGUGCAUUUUUUGGAAGUAAAAUAUUUACAUUUUGCUAUGUGAGCAACCUGUAUUGCUCCAGGGUUAUGUAAAGAUUAUGUGUGAGACAAUAGAAGAAGAUGUUCUGUUAACAAUGGAUAAAGAAAAGGGAUUGUUGCGGUUCUACGGCUGCCAAUUUGAGAGACUUGAGGAAGGAUUUGAUGGUAUGUGUGGAACUACAAAGGGUAGGCUAGUAUGACAAAUGAGUCGGUAAGAUAGAAUAGGAGGCAAGAUAAUGGCUAAGGUUUAGAAUGUAAGUUAUGUUAAAGUUUCGAAAGUGUAAAGGUUAAUAUGAAGGAUGAACUGGAAUUCGGUCAGGUUGUAUGUUGGAUUAACUUCUUUUUGUUAUAAAUGAAACUGGUCAUGCAGUAUUAAGCUAAGUUUAUCAGGAGGUACAUCUUAUUCAGUAAAGACGAUUACUAUUGAUAAUGAGGGAAGAUUUGCAACCUUAAGUUAAAUCAUAUAAUCCAUCAGAGAUUAAAGGGUCUGUUGUAAUAUUACAUUAUGUGAGAGUCUUUGAAUUAAAAUAAUGUAGACAUUAUUCAAUAAAGGUAGACCAAAAAGCAUUGAUAAUGUGCAAAGUGCUAUGAUACAUAGGAACCAACCAGAAUUAAUUUCUAUAGGCUGACUAUAGAAAACGUAAGCCUAGUUGGUUGCUAUGAGUUGUGCAUGUAGUGCAUCCUCCUUGUUUUCUGAAUCACCAUAUUGCAUAGGCCAGAGUGUUUGUUAAACCAUUUAAAUGCCAAAUAAGUCAAAGCAAACCUCUCAGUUCACAUUUUUGUUAUGUUUUCUUUAAUGCCGCACAUUUACAAGAUUAUGUUUUUUUUAUAUGUAUCAAUAUUUUAGCUACAUUCUUCAUUCCCAAUUGAUUCGUGAAUGACUAUGACUGUGGCAGGGACACACCUCUCCAAAAUAUUAAUAAAUAAUAUCUCUGCAUCAAUUCUCAACCUUCUUCUCAGGUAUCACUAGCAGGUCAUGUUUCUCAGUCCUGUCUGUACAGUCCUGUGUAUAGACAUAAGGGACAACUGCUGAUUGAAUGACUUUUGUGAUUUUACUUGAGUAAGGUGGUUCUUCUAUCAAUGGCUUUAGGUACAAAAAAGGAGAGGAAGAAAAGAACAAGUGUGUCUGUACAGAUUAAAAAAAAUAAAGCACUUUCCUAAUU